AUGGAAGCCAAUAUGGGAUCGUUGAUGGGUUGUACCUCCUCUACGCCGUCGUUUCUCAUCCAUUUAAACCGCCAAAACGGUGCCAUCUUCACCCGCCGAUGCAUGGGCCAUCUCUGCUUAAGAACAGCUGUGUCCGCCUGUGGCUCCUCUUCUGAUGCCGCGAUGGUAAUUGAUAAAAAAAGGGUUGGAAAAGACAUCAUAACUGAGAUCAGAACGGAAGUUUCAAGAAUGAAGGAAUCAAUCAGCAUGGUUCCUGGAUUAGCAGUACUCCUUAUUGGUGACACAAUAAUCUCCGAACCUUAUUCGGUACCUUGUGAAUUUGUUGGCAUCAGAUCAUUUGUAGUUCGUCUACCUGAAGGUACGACAGAAGAGAAGGCGUUGGAAUCUGUCUCAGGCUUCAACGAUGAUCCUUGUGUCCAUGGCAUCCUUGUUGAGUUUCGUCUACAAUCGCAUAUGGAUGAGCACAAGAUACUAAAUGCGGUUAGUAUAGAGAAAGACAUCAACGGAUUUAACCCAUUGAAUAUUGGACUGCUUGCUAUGCGUGGAAGAGAACCUUUUUUCCUGCCACGGACUCCAAAAGCAUGCAUUGAGCUAUUACACCGAAACAACAUUGAGAUCAGAGGAAAGACAGCUGUUGUUAUCGGAAGGAGUAACAGUUUUGGUAUGCCAGUGGCUCUAUUACUGCAGAGGGAGGAUGCAACUGUUACCAUUAUCCAUUCAAAAACCAAGAACCCUGAAGACAUUACAAGACAAGCUGACAUCAUAAUCUCAGCCGUUGGUAAACCGAACAUGGUCAGAGGAAGCUGGAUAAAACCAGGCGCAGUCAUCAUUGAUGUCGGGAUUAGUUUUGUUCCAGACCAAUAUGCUCGUUAUGGCUUUCGAUGUGUCGGAGACGUUUUCUAUGAGGAGGCUUGUGAAGUUGCAUCAGCCAUCACAACGGAUGUUGGUGACCCAGGACUACUGAGAAUAGCCAUGUUUCUAUCCAACACUUUGACAUCAGCCAAGAGAAUUCACAACUUCCUGUGACCUUAAAUUUUUGCAUAAUUUCUUUCCAGUUUUGUUAAAUUUUAGGUUUUUUUUUACGGUCGUCCCACAUCUCAGAUUGUCUUAGGUUCUAGUGUGUUUUAUUGAAUUAUCUUGUAAACCUCCCAAUUCCUUUUUUUUUUUUUAUCAAAAAUUGACUAACCGUUAGCUUUGUUCCCA